CUGGUGGGUCCCACCUGUCAGAAAGUACAUCUAUAUCAAGGAAAGAAAGCAAGUUGUCAUCCUCAUUCUCGCUCUCGAGCGCUCGAAUCACGUAUCGGGGAAUGGGAUUGGAUCUACAUGAAUCACAACGAUCGCUCCCUUCAAGAUGAUGACAAUCGACAGAGGACACAGAGAAGCAAUGCAAAGAAGCUUCGAGGCAUCCUCAGGAUGCCUCAUAACCGAGGCACUUAAAUACAAAUUUCAGGAAACUUCUAAAGAAGGGUUUUCUGAGAAUGGAGAUGAACUGCAUAGAAAUUCAAUAAACACAGAAUCAGAAAAUUCGUCGAAUAGAGAGGCUUCUGCACCUUCAAAUCAAGGCUACAGCAGACCAUUCUAUCAACAAGAAUUUUGUAUGUGGCAUAACUUCUAUCCUGAUGGUCAUGCACUUCAGCAAGGCCAGUGGGCUAACUUUGGAACUCAUUUCUAUUCGAUGAAUAGAGAAUUCCCUUAUCCUGUGGACAAUAGAGUUCAUUAUAUGCCCUUCAAGAUGCUUUAUCAUAAUUUUCCACAUGAAUUUCAGUUUCAAGACUUCCACUAUUUUGUGGUUAUUGAUUUUGAAGCAACUUGUGACAAGGAGAGGAAUCCACAUCCUCAAGAGAUCAUUGAAUUCCCAUCUGUUGUAGUUAAUUGCAUGACUGGGGAAUUGGAAUCUUGCUUUCAAACAUAUGUCCGACCUUCAUACCAUCAACAUUUAAGCGAUUUCUGCAAGGAACUAACCGGCAUCCAGCAAUCCCAGGUGGACAGAGGUGUAUCACUAAGUGAAGCUCUACUCAUGCAUGAUAAAUGGUUGGAAGGUAAAGGGAUAAAACAAAUGAAGUUUGCUGUAGUGACAUGGUCUAGUUGGGACUGCCGUGUGAUGUUAGAGUCUGAGUGCAGAUUUAAAAGGAUUAGGAAGCCUCCCUACUUUAAUAGUUGGAUCAACCUAAAGGUUCCGUUCCAAGAAAUGUUCGGGGUCCGUUGCAAUCUCAAGAAUGCCAUUCAGCUCGCUGGCCUCAAAUGGGAGGGCCGUCCGCACUGUGGCCUUGAUGAUGCUCGCAACACAGCUAAUCUCCUAUCUCUCCUCAUGCGUCGCGGGUUCCGCUUCUCCAUCACCGAUUCUCUAAUUUGCCCCCCAGUGAACUUGGGGGUCCCACCAUCACCACCUCAGCGGCCAUUGAAAGAACCGAUGAUGAACGCGCCUCCUCAAUUCCACACUUUUGUAGACCCCCUGGGAAGGGAUCGGUGCCCUUAUUGUUAUUGUGGGGUACGGAGCAACAAAGGGAUGGUUCGAAGGCCUGGGCAAAUGCACGGUAGGGGAUUUUAUGGGUGCGGGAACUGGACAGCAGGGAGGCGUGCUGUCUGUAAUUAUUUUGCUUGGGCUUCUUGAAGAGAAACUGGGAAUAAGUUGAUCUUUCUAUAAGAAAAUGAUGGAGAAACAAUAAUCCGUGCUAAUAUUGCUUCGUAUAUAAAUAUAGUUGACGAGGACAAGUGACGAGUUGUUAUGUUCGUAUGCCGGUGGGAAGUCUUGUAGGUAGUUUUAUCUAACCUUUGAGAACUGAGGGAUAUGGGGUAUGGUUAUUGGCAUGAUAACUGGGGACAUGCUUAAUUACCUGAAAUAAUCUGAUGUUGUGUUGAAGGACAAUUCUUUUUUUGUGCUCUUUCCUUUAAUGGAUUCCUGAGCUUGGUUUGGUUUGGGUCAGUAGUACACAUGUUUGCAAGUUCAGUUUGAUUUAAAAUUAUCAGAAAACACUGAUCUAUUCUCCUUGUGAUCUA